GUUUUGUCACUGACCCUUUUUUGAAAGAUGCUUUGUUCUUUUGCAGAAAGUGAAAAUCUCAACGGCCUCAUCCAAAUCGUUGCAGUUCACUUUCUCAAAUAAACCUAAUUUGUGGUUCUAAGUUGUCCUAUUCCUAAAGAUUUUCCAUAAAAAAAAAAAAUGAGCUCCGUCACCGCUUCGAAUUCGACUUGUAUCGGUCGGAAAUGCUUCCGGAAGGAUGAACCGAAAAUUUCAAGUGUCAGGAAACUGCAUAUAAAAUGUUCGGUAGCCUCCUCGACCCCACAGAGGAUGCAGUUUGCGAAGGUCAAAACUCAGACACCUGAAAAUACUGUUCAAAUUGCUGUUCUUGGAGCCAGUGGUUACACUGGUUCAGAGAUUGUUCGUCUCCUUGCAAACCAUCCUUACUUCGGCAUUACUUUGAUGACUGCUGAUAGGAAAGCUGGCCAAUCAAUUGGAUCAGUGUUUCCUCAUUUGGUCUCACAAGAUUUACCAGACAUGGUUGCUAUCAAGGAUGCAGAUUUUUCUAAUGUGGAUGCUGUGUUUUGUUGUUUGCCACAUGGAACCACACAGGAAAUUAUCAAAGGUCUUCCUAAAGAAUUAAAGAUUGUUGAUCUUUCUGCAGACUUCCGGUUGCGAGAUAUUGGUGAAUAUGAAAAAUGGUAUGGUCAACCUCACAGAGCAGCAGAUAUGCAGAAAGAAGCUGUAUAUGGUUUGACAGAGAUUUCUAGAGCAGAAAUCCAAAAUGCACGUCUAGUUGCAAAUCCUGGCUGUUAUCCUACGUCUAUUCAACUUCCUCUUGUUCCCUUGAUAAAGGCUAACCUGAUUGGCUUGAACAAUAUCAUUAUUGACUCAAAAUCUGGUGUGAGUGGAGCAGGACGUGGCGCCAAGGAGGCAAAUUUAUACACUGAAAUAGCUGAAGGGAUUCAUUCUUAUGGUGUUACUAGCCAUCGCCAUGUGCCAGAAAUUGAACAGGGAUUAUGUGAUGCUGCAAGUUCAAAAAUAACUGUCAGCUUCACUCCUCACUUGAUGCCAAUGAGCCGUGGUAUGCAAUCAACUAUAUAUGUGGAAAUGGCUCUGGGAGUGUCAAUUGAAGAUUUGUACCAACAGUUGAGGAGCUUCUAUGAGGAUGAAGAAUUCAUAGUAUUGCUAAAGAAAGGUCAAAUUCCUCAUACCCGACAUGUUCGUGGAUCCAAUUACUGUGUUAUGAAUGUGUUUCCCGAUCGGAUACCUGGAAGAGCAAUUAUAAUAUCUGUUAUCGAUAAUCUAGUAAAAGGAGCUUCCGGUCAAGCUGUACAAAAUCUUAACUUGAUGAUGGGAAUUCCGGAGAACACGGGGCUUCAAUACUUGCCGUUGUUUCCUUAACAUAUUCUUCUGUUUUAUCCUGGCAAUGAGUAAGUAGGUCUAUACGGAAUGCUUCAUGCUACUGUUUGAAAUACACCGUGAACUCUUAAGUAGGUUUUAUUUAGAAACAAUUUACGUUAUCAUUAAGUGAGCUGAUGUGUAGUGACUUUUUGUGAGUUUUAUUUAUAAACUUCUGAUGGUAUCAUAAAGUGAGCUGAUGUGCGUGUUAGGGCUGAGGCCUUUUGUCAUAAGGCAGUAGCUGAUGUGCUUGUUAGGGCUUAGGUUUUCCUUGUGGUUUAGAAGGAUUAACAAUCUUGUUUAGUAAUCUUAUUCAAUAUAAAGUGUGUGAAAUGUCUCAUUCAGUACUCUUA